AAGAAGUUACCAAAAUGGAAGCGUGAUAAGGUUAUUGAUUUAGUGAUAAAUCAAUUCAAAAGAACUACCUCAUGCCUAGACCUUCAUGCCAGUAUAGAUAGGGAAUAUCUUAACCAAGUAGAUUGCUACCUCAUCCAUGAUAUACAAAUCUGCCCUAUAUGCAAAAAAGAUCAUUGCUAUAUGGAAGGCCACUGGUUGAUCGAUAGUGAAG